AUGGCUCCUUGGACCAAGACCACUACAGAGCGUUAUGGCGUUGUUAAAUGGAACUUUAGUGCAAAACAGGAGAAACACUUGUCCCUGGCUGUCGGAGACACUGUGUAUAUACAGGAGGCAUGUGAAGGCUGGUACAGAGGUUACCUGACAAGAAACAAAUCCCAGAAAGGCGUGUUUCCUGCCAGCUUCAUUGUGCUGAAGGAGGUCGUUAUUGAAAAAAGAGGGGAUGAGGAGGUGGUGACCUCAGCAGAGAUGCCCCUGGUGAAGGAAGUGACCACCACUCUGAGAGAAUGGGGCAGCAUCUGGAAACAACUCUUUGUGUCCAAUAAGAAUAAGCCCAUGAAGCAGGUCCAGCGGCUGAUGUGCGAUCUGAUGGAAUGGCGUUCCCAGCUCCUCUCGGGAACGUUGCCUAGCGACGAGUUCAAAGAACUCAAACAGAAAGUCACUUCUAAGAUAGACUACGGCAACAAGAUUCUGGAAUUGGAUCUGGUGGUACGGGAUACAGAUGGAAACAUUCUGGAUCCAGACAAGGCCAGUGUGAUCAGUCUGUUCAGAGCCCAUGAGGAUGCAACAACCAAAGUAUCAGAGCGUAUACGAGAGGAACAGUCUAAUGUUCAGACAGAUCAUUCAGGAAUCUCAGCACGGAUCCAGUCCUCUCCCACCCACAGUCUCUAUGUCUUUGUUCGUAAUUUUGUGUGUCGGAUUGGAGAAGACUCCGAACUCUUCAUGUCUCUGUAUGAUCCCAACAAGCAAGCAAUCAUCAGUGAGAAUUAUCUAAUUCGUUGGGGAGACAAAGGUUUUCCUAAAGAGAUUGAAAUGCUCAACAACCUGAAAGUCGUCUUUACUGACUUGGGUAAUAAAGACCUGAAUCGGGAGAAGAUUUAUCUGAUUUGCCAGAUUGUAAGGGUAGGGCGGAUGGACCUGAAAGAGACCAACAUUAAAAAAUGCACUCAGGGCCUUCGCAGGCCAUUUGGCGUGGCGGUGAUGGACAUCACAGAAAUAAUCAAAGGAAAGCAGGAAUGCGAUGAAGAGAAACAAUACUUCAUACCUUUUCAUCCAGUUGUAGCUGAGCAUGACUUCCUCCACUCCCUACUUAAUAAAGUGACAGCAUCAAGAGGAGACAGUGGAGGACAAGGUCUGUGGGUUACUAUGAAACCACUGGUGGGUGAUAUUGUUCAGAUUCGUAAGGAAUACCCUCACCUGGUUGACCGGAGCACAGUGGUGGCUCGGAAGCUGGGUUUUCCGGAGAUUAUCAUGCCGGGGGACAUCAGGAAUGAUAUCUAUCUGACUCUGUGGGGAGGAGACUUUGACAAGUACAACAAAACCACACAGAAGAACGUAGAGGUUAUUAUGCUGGUGUGUGACGAGGACGGCAAGGUUGUACCGAAUUCCAUUUGUUUGGGAGCAGGAGACAAACCGGUCAAUGAGUACCGCUCCGUCAUCUACUACCAGGUCAAACAGCCACGCUGGAUGGAGACCUUUAAGGUGGCAAUUCCUUUGGAGGAGAUGCAUCGAGUCCACUUACGAUUCAUGUUUAGACACCGCUCAUCUCAGGACUCGAAGGAUAAGAGUGAGAAGAACUUUGCCAUGGCAUUUGUGCGUCUGAUGAAGGAGGAUGGGACAGUUCUGCAGGAUGGGAUGCAUGACCUGGUAGUGUUUAAGGGGGACAGUAAACGGAUGGAGGAUGUGAGCUCAUACUUGUCUUUGCCUUCCUCCCGUAACCACAGUGACGUUCAUAAAGGAGUGACAUUGAUGCGCAGCUCCAGCAGUGUGGGAGCUCUGUCAGUUAGCUCCAGAGACAGCUUCACCAUCUCUACUCUCGUCUGCUCAACCAAACUCACCCAGAACGUGGGUUUGUUGGGUUUGUUGAAGUGGAGAACUCGCCCUGAGCUGCUGAAGGAGAAUCUGGAGAAACUCAAACUCAUUGAUGGGGAGGAGGUUGUCAAGUUUCUGCAGGACACUCUGGAUGCUCUCUUUAACAUCAUGAUGGAACAUUCUCAGACCGAUGACUAUGACAUACUGGUGUUUGAUGCUCUGAUCUACAUCAUUGGGCUGAUAGCUGAUAGAAAGUUCCAGCAUUUUAACACAGUGUUGGAGGCCUAUAUAAAACAACACUUCAGUGCUACUUUGGCCUACAAGAAGCUGAUGUCUGUGUUGAAGACAUACCUGGAUGUGUCCAGUCGAGGAGAACAGUGUGAACCCAUUCUACGCACACUCAAAGCACUUGAAUAUAUCUUCAAAUUCAUUGUCCGCUCACGCAUGCUCUACUCACAGCUGUAUGAAGGGAAGGAGCAGGCAGAGUUUGAGGACUCUCUGAAGAGACUGUUUGAGUCCAUCAACAACCUGAUGAAGAGUGACUACACCACCACCCUAUUGCUACAGGUUGCUGCAUUGAAAUACCUGCCAACAGUGCUGCAAGAUGUGGAGACAGUAUUUGAUGCUAAGCUGCUUAGCAAGCUGCUAUAUGAUUUCUACACCUGUAUUCCUCCUGAGAAACUACAGAAACAGAAAGUGACUUCAAUGACUGAAAUCGUGAGCAGCAGACUCUUCCGGAAACAAGAGUGCCGUGACAUCCUGUUACCCAUGAUGCUGCGGGAGCUAAGUGGGUCAUUGGCUGAUGUGGGAGAAGGGCCUCAAGACGAACGGAAGAACAGCAUAGAACUGCUUAACAACAUCCUGGAGGUGCUCAGUCGGACCGACGUGGGUGAUACAUUUCAGCAUGUCCAGGAUAUCGUUGUGACUUUGUUGAGGACCAUAAACCGUACGGUCAUCACCAUGGGCAGAGAACAUGCCCUCAUCUCCCGUGUGGUGGCCUGUAUGACUGCCAUACUCAGUCAGAUGGAUGACCGGCACUAUAGCCUCUAUAUCGAGACUUUCUCUGGAACUAGUGACCUGGUGGACUUCCUCAUGGAGACAUUCCUGCUGUUUAAGGAUCUGAUUGGGAAACAUGUUUAUCCCUCUGACUGGGUAACCAUGAUCAUGGUUCAGAACAGAGUGUUUCUCAGAGCCAUCAACACCUUUGCUGAUACCAUGAUCCACAAAUUUCUGGACAACAAAAACUUUGAAGUGCAGUUAUGGAACAAUUACUUCCACUUGGCUGUGGCCUUCAUUACCCAGGAGUCUUUGCAGUUGGAACAUUUCUCUCCAACCAAGAGGAAUAAGAUCCUGGCAAAAUAUGCAGACAUGAGAAGCUUCAUUGGGUUUUCGAUCAGAGACAUGUGGUACCAGCUUGGGUGUAACAAGAUCUGCUUUAUCCCGGGAAUGGUUGGGCCAAUUCUGGAGAUGACUCUGAUCCCAGAAGAGGAACUGCGCAGGGCCACGAUCCCCAUCUUCUUUGACAUGCUCCAGUGUGAACACCAGCAGUCAGGACACUUCCGAAAAUUUGAGAAUGAGAUCAUUCUGAAGUUGGAUCAUGAAGUGGAAGGUGGAGGAGGAGAUGAGAGAUAUAUGGAGCUUUUACAGACUAUUCUUUUAGAAUGCGCUCAAGAGCGCACAAACCUGUUGAACGAGGUGCAGAAGUUCGUUACCUUGGUGACAGGCCUGCUGGAGCGUCUGCUUGACUAUCGCACGGUGAUGAGCGAUGAUAGCAGGAACAACCGCAUGAGCUGCACUGUCAAUCUGCUGAAUUUCUACAAAGACAUCAACCGGGAAGCAAUGUACAUCAGAUACCUGUACAAGUUGAGAGAUCUUCAUCUGGAGGGUGAUAACUAUACAGAGGCUGCAUACACUCUUCUUCUGCACUCCAAACUGCUCAAGUGGUCAGAGGAUCAGUGUGCUCCUCAGCUGGAUUUCCAGAGUCCCCAGUCUCAGCGGCAGCUCAAAGAGAACCUUUAUGACACCAUCAUCAGCUACUUUGACAAGGGCAAGAUGUGGGAAGAGGCCAUCACGCUGUGUAAAGAACUGGCAGAUCAGUAUGAGAUGGAGGUCUUUGACUAUGAGCUUCUCAGCCAAACCCUGAAACAACAAGCAAAGUUCUACGAGAACAUCAUGAAGAUCCUGCGACCAAAGCCUGAUUAUUUCGCUGUGGGCUACUAUGGCUGCGGUUUCCCUCAGUUCCUUCGAAAUAAGGUGUUUAUUCACCGGGGGAAGGAGUAUGAGCGCAGAGAAGACUUCCAGAGUCAUCUCAUGAGUCAGUUUCCCAGUGCUGUCAGACUCAACACCACCACCAUGCCUGAAGACGACAUUAAAAACUCCCCCACACAGCAUAUCCAGUGCUUCACUGUUCAGCCGGUUUUGGAGAUUCCACCUCGCCUCAGGAACAAACCAGUCCCUGACCAGAUCAUUAACUUCUACAAGUCAAACUAUGUUCAGCGCUUCCAGUACUCCAGACCUGUGAGAAAAGGCAAGGUUGAUCCAGACAAUGAGUUUGCUUCUAUGUGGAUUGAGCGUACAACGUUCUACACUGCCUACAAACUGCCAGGAAUCCUUCGCUGGUUUGAGGCCACGAGUAUGACUCACACCACGGUCAGUCCUCUUGAGAAUGCAAUAGAGACAAUGGGGAACACCAAUGAGAAGAUCCUCACCAUGAUUAAUCAAUACCAGUGUGAUGAAAGCCUUCCCAUCAACCCCCUCUCUAUGUUACUUAACGGCAUUGUCGACCCAGCUGUCAUGGGUGGCUUUGCCAAGUAUGAGAAGGCUUUCUUCACAGAUGAGUACACUCAGGAACAUCCAGAUGACAAGGACAAACUUCAGCGCCUCAAAGAUCUCAUCGCCUGGCAGAUCCCUUUGCUGGGUAGAGGAAUUGCUCUCCAUGGGAAGAAAGUCACAGAUGACCUUCGACCUUUCCAUGAGCGCAUGGAGGAAUGCUUCAAACAGCUGAAAAAGAAAGUGGAGAAAGAAUAUGGAGUGAGAGAACUGCCGGAUAUGGAUGAGAGGAAGUCCUCUCGUCCUCGCUCUGUCCUUCGUUCCUACCGUCAGUCUAUCAUAUCUAUAUCCUCAUUGGCUGGAUCUGAAUGUGGAACACCCACAAAGUCACACCCAGAAAGGUAACUACGCCCAACCACUCCGACGCUGUGUCGCUCCAGUGGGAGCAUGAGCAUUGUCGAUGAGAGCGGAGCCGAGGUGGAGGUGAAGUUGAGGAAGUCAAAGAGGAGGAAGAAGAGGAGCAGCAUGAUCUUCAUCAGUGAAGAGAAAGAGAGAACCAGCACGCUUGAAUGCAAGCGGCUGUCAAAGAAACAAGAGUUCCGCAGUGACACGAACCUCUCAGAGCCAAAUGACGAAAGCAUCAGUCUGGCAAACAUAAACUCCAGAUCUCUGCCUACAAUUACAGGCCUGGCGUUGACAGUGGCGAAUGGAGGAGAGGAGGCGGAGUCUGCCCGUGCCAGGAGAGACAGUAAGAGCAUGUCAGUGUGUCUUCCCUCUGACCGUACCACCGAUCGCCGCUCCAAAGGAGUCAUCAACCUCCUCUUCAAAAGCAAGACAAGCACCAAGUCUGAAGAGAGUAAAGCACCAGCCGAAUCCACCACUGACUCCACUCACUUUUAG